AUGUUUUUCGCCGAGAGACAAAGACCCUAUUUCCAGGCGACUCGAAGCGUCAACAAGUUCGAAACCCAACCCUUCCAGACAGACUUUGAGGUUGAGCUAAGAUUCGACCGAGACACCUCAUCAGAAACCGGCUCUGAGAGCGAUGUGAUGGACGAGAUGGAGAGCGACGAUGACGACGAGUCCGUGUUUGACUUGCCGUUGGACUUUCGACAUGCGCACCGACCGCCGGGACUUGAGAAGCGGAGAAUAACUACACUCAUUGCCGCUUCGUCUUCUACGUUGGCAUUUCUUUAUUCGUCUUGUUGGGUUUUGGGAUCGUCACUCAGCCCGUCGACACCGAGCUUUUCCGACACCGAGGCCUGA